AUUUAUAAUAUAUUUAUCCUUGACAAGUAGGAUGUAAUAUAAUGAUAGCAACUUUUAUGUACAUAGAAAUAUAUGUAUAGUAUAUGUUAUCUGUAAUGAUUGCUGAGCACAAUGAGUCAUCUAUUGUGAGUUAAUAACAUUACUUGACCUCUUAUCACGUUCAAAGUUUAUUGCAGCAGUUCUAAUCAAUGGGGCAUGGUCUACCUAUUUUAAUUUAUUUCAAUAAUUGGUUUUUAGACUAAGUUUGACAUUAUUUCCAAAAAACCCAAUGUGUGUUUUUAUUUUAUUAACAAAAAAUUAAAAUGAUACAGUAAGUUGAAUACUUGUGUUAAGCCACUGGUCAGUACACCCUUUAGCGACAAAUGACGUUAUUUCCCACACUUUCAUAAGCUUUACCAACAUUAUCCCUAUAUUUAUUUAUUUUGAUAUCUGAUGGCCUAGAUUUUUUAGUCAAAUACCCCUAUACAAGGAUUUCUACUUUCUAGAACAGAUAAAAAAAAAUACCAACAUAGUUUAACUUGAUAUGUGUUGGGUGUGAAAAAAAAAGGGGGACAGAAAUUGUGUCAAAUUAAACACAAAUUGAUUCCCCCCUGACCAAAUAAAGUACUUAUUAGGAAAGAGACAAGAGAUAGCUUCCUGUCCCAAAGGGGGAUUGACUUAGGGAGACAGACCUACGAUAAUGCUACUGAUUGUUAUUUAGGUGUAUAAAUUUCUAGCACAUGGUAUUAGACUUGUAGCGUCAUCAUGUGGGCCAUUCUUCUUGGCCUCGGCCGCUGUAAUUAAGAUUCAAGCCUCCCUCAUUGGCAAUUAUUCUUUUUUUUUCUCGUAUCUGAAGUAUGCGGUAUUGUUCAAUGAUACUUUAACGACGAUAUAAUCUGCGAUAAAGCGGUUAAGAGUGUUUUACAAAUACUGCAAUGACUUCAAACACGGUCGGAUAGAUGCGUGUGCGCAUUGAAUCUGAAAUAAAAGGAAAGAAGAAAUACCUUCUUGCUUGGGCCGGAGAAUCCGGAUAGGCUAUCUCGAGGCAGAAAAUGUCAACGUCCAUAUACUAUGCAAACACGGUCGGAUAGAUGCGUGUGCGCAUUGAAUCUGAAAUAAAAGGAAAGAAGAAGUACCUUCUUGCUUGGGCCGGAGAAUCCGGAUAGGCUAUCUCGAGGCAGAAAAUGUCAACGUCCAUAUACUAUGCAAACACGGUCGGAUAGAUGCGUGUGCGCAUUGAAUCUGAAAUAAAAGGAAAGAAGAAGUACCUUCUUGCUUGGGCCGGAGAAUCCGGAUAGGCUAUCUCGAGGCAGAAAAUGUCAACGUCCAUAUACUAUGCUAAGAAAUUACUUACGCCUUUGAGCACUUUUGUAAACAUCUAAAGAAAUUGCUUAUCAUCUCCAAAUGUCGGUUUCCAGCCGCAAUAACAGAUCAGGAAAUUUCUACAGAUGUGUUCGUCGUACCUAUAUAAUUUUAAAGGUUUUAUGACGAUUAUUCAAUGUCCCUAUUUUGUCUCUGUAAGGUCUGUUGAACUGCGUGCUAGUAGAAUCCAUUAGCCGUAGCUUAUUGCAAACUAAGUAAUGUAAAUAUAAUAGUUUACCGAAUUAACUUUAAUGAUAAGUAUUCAAAUUCUUUAUGUGUUUACUUGUAAUUUGCCAGUUUUCCAGUCGACACUUUUUAAGUAUACAAGACUUGCAUUAUUCAACAAGGUUCUUAUAAACUAAGGUCUGCGUUUAUGUGUUCGUUACAUUUGCCACGCUAAUAUAUAAUGAUGCUUAGCUAAUAAUGAUAAGUGCUCAGCUCUAAGGGUGCACGCAUACAGUACGGUGGCUGGUGGCACGGAUAUAUUACCUGACACAAUUAGGUGGCGGGUGGAUCGAAUUUGACCACCUUUCCGCUUCCCCCAGGAGACCAGUAUGGAUAAAAUAUGACCGAAACUGGAUGCGACAACAACCUAUCGUAUAAAUUAUUGUUGCCUUCGUCACAGAAAAUGUGAUAGUAGUUCAAUGUUAGUUUAUAAUUAAUUGUAUUGUUAAUUCGUUAUCGGACCUAAACUAGGUAACAUUUUACAGUUAUAUUAAUACUUGUUCAUUUCCACCGGUUUCAGCAACUCUGUUCAUGUGAUUAGCUAACAAACGCCGAUUAAUAUUCAUUUUAAAGCCCAGUGGUCACGAUAUUACCUAUAAAUGCUGUGAUGCAUUGUUGUGAGGUUGUGAAUAUUGUUAACUUUAAUUAUUUACCGAAGUCCUUCUACUCGUGACAUUGACCUUCAGUUUCUUUGCGGCAUACAGUUGGCCGCAAUCCCAAUAUUAUGUAAGGGAUGCAUGGCUAUUGGCUAGUAAUAUCGCCAGGCUAACGGGCGCGGCGAAUCCCCCUGUGUGCACCGCACCUACUACACGUGCUACUCCGUGUCAACAACGUUUCUCCACACUUAUAUAGUUACCGAAACGCUCAGUACUUCUGUUUAUAUUUAGUACGCGAACAAUGUUUUCCUUACUGACAUCAGAUUCGUGCCGAAUUACCAUAAUUACAAAUGUCUGAAGUGUGUUUUGAUACUUUUGUUAGAUAACACGUAUCUCAAUUUCUAAGACCGUUGUCAAACAAAUGAUUCAGUCUCUCUUGGUGUAGUGAACGAAGCAAGACGGAGAGGGAGGCCCUGGAGAACGGGGAGCUGCAGGCGAUGUCGGUGCUCAGCACGUACCAGGACAAUCUGUCGCAGGACAUGAACACCGACCGGGACAACGGUAGCGAAGCCUCAACGCGGGCCGCUGAAGACUGUGCGUGUGGCGAUCCCGACGCAAACGUUGGCCCAAAUGGCAAUGGCAAACCUCCAAACAACCAUUGCUCGAUAGUGAUGAACAGUAUCCUCAACAACCCAUCUUUAACGUUCAACGAUGGUGUUCGCUCGAUCGACUACGUGUUGGUGUGGGAGGCUGCGAAGGAAGACGCGGUCACGCCCGAGGCUCACCAGCAGCGGAAGAUAUUUGAGGAGAAUCUCGAGCUGGAGGGCUUGCAGCUGGAAAGGGAAGCCCCAGAUAAUUUGUAUGGACUGAAUUUUGUUAAGAUCCAUGCUCCCGUCUCAGUUUUAAGAGAUUACAGCGAGAUCCUCAAGCUUAGGAUGCCUAUGAAGGAAUGCAGUAAGAUAAAGAAGUCUGGCCGGACGAAUGCGAUACUGAAUGCAGCGUUGUAUAUGUCUAAGUUCUCAGCGUUGAAGGAUGUGCACGAGAAGACGAACAGUUUGUUGGACCAGGCCGAGGCGUGUUGGGACCGCUUCAUGUCUAAGAUCCGAGUGGAUGAGACUAUGUUCCCAGAGAGACGUCAUCGACUCACCGCCAUAUACUCGAAGGACAAGGAAUAUUUAUUCGACACUACAGCAGAAUGUUUCUGGACGCCCUCAAUACGAUCUCGAAUCGUCCAGUUCAUUCUUGACAGGAAGAAGUUCUCACAAGCUGUGAACGAUGACUUCGCGUUCGGCAUCACAAGACUGAUAUCUAAUUGUACUUAUAGCGCUGCUUACCCUUUACAUGAUGGUGAUCUCAAAACUCCUGGCUCCAUGCGGCAUCUUUUAUACACUGAGUGGGCGGCGGUUUCCAAAUGCAUUAAAUACCAACCUCUAGACUACGUUAAGGAUUACUUCGGUGUCAAAAUAGGACUAUAUUUCGCCUGGCUCGGUUUCUACACUCACAUGUUAAUUCCUGCCUCAAUAGUGGGACUCAUCUGUGUCAUUUACUCUGCCGCCACUGUCUAUAGUAAUACACCUAGUGAAGACGUUUGUAACUACGAGUCUUCGGUUAAGAUGUGUCCAAACUGCGACUACUUCUGCGACUACUGGGAUCUGAAAGCGACGUGUCUACAGUCGCGGAUAACAUACCUCUUUGAUAACCCUACUACUGUGUUCUUCGCUAUUUUUAUGAGUUUUUGGGGUGCCUGCUUCCUGGAGCUAUGGAAGCGUUACUCAGCAGAGAUGACGCACCGCUGGGACCUGACGGGCUUCGACAUGUAUGAGGAGCAUCCGCGGCCGCAGUACCUCGCGCGGCUGGCACACGUUAAGAGGACACAGUUGAACGUGGUAACAGGCGAGCGAGAGCCGAUGGUGCCGUUCUGGCGCAUGCGACUCCCUGCAACACUAAUGUCGUUCAGUGUCGUCGCUCUGCUGGUACUUAUGGCUUUAGCCACGGUACUGGGAGUGGUACUAUACCGCAUGUCCCUGUUGGGCGCCACUAUACUCAGGAACGGAAAUGUACUGACUACAUACAACCCAAUCAUGUUCACGACUGCGACGGCCGCCUGUAUUAAUCUGUGUUUCAUUUGUAUGUUUAAUUAUAUAUACCAAUACCUAGCAGAAUGGCUAACAGAAAAAGAGUUGCUUCGUACACAAACAGAGUUCGACGACUCCUUAACCCUGAAGAUAUACCUGCUGCAGUUCGUGAACUACUACGCGUCUAUAUUCUACAUAGCGUUUUUCAAAGGCAAGCUGAUAGGCAGGCCAGGCGGCUACGUGCGGUUCUUUGGGCAUCGGCAGGAAGAGUGCGCCCCUGGUGGCUGUUUACUAGAGCUGUCAAUACAACUGGCCAUCAUAAUGGUCGGCAAGCAGUUCAUCAACACCAUCGUGGAGAUGCUCAUGCCGUACUUACUCAAGUGGUGGUACGUCAUACGGACUAUCGGCAGGAAAAGACAAAUUAAAAGUCCUCUGCAAUGGGUGAAAGACUUCAAGCUAGUCGAUUUCGGUAACAUGGGAUUGUUUCCUGAAUACUUGGAAAUGGUCCUCCAAUACGGUUUCGUAACAAUCUUCGUGGCGGCGUUCCCGCUGGCGCCGCUGUUCGCGCUCAUCAACAACGUGUUGGAGAUGCGGCUGGACGCGCGCAAGUUCCUCACGUGCUACCGCCGCCCCGUGCCGCAGCGGGUCAACGACAUCGGCGUCUGGUACCGGAUACUCGACUCCAUCGGGAAGCUCAGCAUCAUUACCAAUGGUUUCAUCAUAGCAUUCACAUCGGAGUUCAUCCCGCGACUCGUCUACCAGUUCUCAACGGGCUCUCUCAAGCAAUACGUUAACCACACGCUCGCAGACUUCAACAUAAGCGUGUUAGAACAUCCGCCUAUCAACACCUCAUACAACGAGACUAUGUGCAGUUUUCCCGGCUACUGGUACUACAAGGACGGCGAUGACUACGAGCACAGCAACUGGUACUGGCACAUAAUGGGCGCUAGACUUGCUUUCGUCGUUGUUUUCGAGAACGUGGUCGCCCUAGUAAUGAUAAUAGUCCGCUGGGCGAUCCCGGACAUGUCUGGCGAGCUGCGCGACCGCAUCCGGCGCGAGGCCUACGUCAUCAACUCGUUCAUCCUGGACGAGACCCGCGCGCGCUCGUCGCGCCCCUCGGAGGACGCGCGCCGCCCGCCAGGUGAUACAUCUGAGCCCAACUGGAACCACAUAGCCUCCCUCUCAGGGUCGGACUUCGACCUCGCGGCCCACGGCGACCACCAGGACAUCAACGAGAUAGGCAAACACGUGGUAGGGGAAGUUGAACAGGAACCGCCGCCCGCGCACGUAUAGUGCCUUUAAAAACCUAUGUACUUUACGUUUUUAUGAAAAGGAUGAUAUGGAAAGUUCUAGUUGACUUAUGCGAGUUCAUCACUACUAUCCGAACAAAUUGCUAAUGCUACGGACGGCCAUUUUGGUGACGUCAUUUGAAAGUACGAUUCUAUGGCAAGUAGUUUUCGAUGCUUUUUACGUCAGCAUUGCGUCACGGGACUAUCAAUACCAUAAAGUUCCUGUGCAUUGUUUUAAAUUCAAUUUUAAAACUAGCGAUUUGCGAGGAUUAUACUUUGAAACUAUUGUAAAGAAGAGGGGAGGUUAGGGGAUGUGGGAUCUGAUAAGUGUUUCAACCGUUAUUAUUGUAGAACUGUUCCUUUUUUUUUACUUAGUGUCCAUUUUUUUAUACACUUGCAUAUACGCAUCCCUUUAUCCUUGUAUCAUGAAUGACCAGGUGUCAUGGCAUCAUCAUAUUUAUAAAAGCAGCAUAGUCUAGUAGUAACUGGAUUUAGCUUUGGUAUUGCCAUUGUCAAAGUUACCGAAAAUAUUAUUGUGCUAUAAGAAAUGCCCAAAGGAAAAUUUUAUUUGUGUGAUUUUGAUAUAAAAGUUUAACUAAUUAUGUGAAUUGUGCAAUAAUGUAUUGCUUAUUUGUCUUCACAAAGAGAAAUGAACCAAUGGAGUGAAAAUGAUUGCUUUUGUGUGUCAAUAUUGAAUAGUGCGUAUUAUAACGUUUUCAUAUUGUUAUGUCCACAUUUAAAUUGUCACCAUUAAGGUAAUCAAUGAAGAGCGAACAAAGUUUAGAAAUAGUAAUAACUCCAUUCGUUUAUUUCUCUGUAUUUUUUUUAUAAUAAUUUUAGGUGGGCAAAUAAAUUCUAAAUUCAAUUAGUAAAAUGUUGAUUGCUUUAAGUGAUUAGGAGGUAUAGUUGUAAUUUGCGCUAAGUUAAUAACCAAAGUGUUUCUUUGCCUUUGCUUUACUAUAGAAACUACGACUUUAAGUCUCAAGAAACAAAAUACAAUUAAAAUUGUAAAUCAGUUUAAAGGGCUCCCAAGACGAUAGAAUGUAUGUAACUAUUUGUUGAUUCCGUUUGACGGGCUUUUUAAUAAAACUGCGCAGUCCAGUAUAAAAUGACCCGUACUAUAAAACUCAGUCUAAACACUUGAAUAUUUGUCAAACCGUGCAAAACAACUGUGUAAAGGAUCAAACUGGUUUGGUUCAAAUAAAAAACUAUAAGUUUGAGUAAACGUCUCGGGGCUCUUGACGAGAAAUAAUCAUCAAUUCAACUACUGUACUUAAGCGAAAACAAGUUUUGUUUACAUAUCAAACAGUUUGUUAAUGAGAGAGUGUUAUAAGCGGUAGGUUGUACGCUUUGCUUGAAGUAGAACAAACAACGAACGACACGUCGUCAUGUCGUAAAUUUAAAUAAUUUCACGGUAUAUAUUUCAUGAAUGGCAUUAUUUUUGUUCAUGAAAUCGUUGCCUAUAUAUGAAAUGAAAAUAUUAAAAAUUGUUAUACUAAAACCUAUUUGUCUCGACAAAGCAAAAAAAAAAUAUUCUCUUUAAAAGUAAUAAAACGCCUAAGUGAAAA